GCACACGCGGGGGAACCAAUGUUCUAUUUGGGCGACAGCGAUUUGUUGCCAUAUAACCGGAGCCAUAGAAAAGUCUGCAUGGCUCUCCAUAAACCCAGCUGCAGCCAUGGUAACCUCCAGACGCUAAGCUACCGGAAGUAGCUACUAACCGCCCAGAAAGGGUAGCAUGACUUCGGCGAGUAUCUGAAGAUAGUACUAGGUCGCUAUCUUUGUACUUCGUCUCAUUGGUGGCCAAAUUAAAAGCUAUUGCAAGUCCAAAUGUGGUUCUAUACCUUUUCAGUUUUUGAUCUGUGUUUGGAUUUAUUUCAGUUUGUAGCCAGCCUUCUGCAGGAAUCUGUUUGCACUCCUAGCUUUUAGCUAGCUAAUUUUAGCUGCAUGCUGUAUAUAGGCAAGAGCUUGAGUGCCAUUGCCAACUUAAAAAGAUAGAAAGCCACCUGGGUGUGGAAAAAAAUACGUUUUCUACUCAUCUUCUUGUUAUGGCGUUUUAUGAAGUAUAUUCUCAUCCGGCUUUAAUUCGCUACAAAACGAGCGUUUGUACAAAAGCCACGCUGUUCAUCGUUAUUGUUUUGUGCCUCACAUACAUCCCACCCCUGCUGGUUGCAUACAGGAGUCAAGGAUUCUGGGUAAAGAGGAGCACCUACGAGGAGCAGCCUGUUGUGCGGUUCCAGUACCAGACUCUCCUGGUAGCAGCCACCAGCACCAGUGGAGACUACGUGGCAUGGAGCACAUUUCCUAACUUCAACAACCUGCAGGGGGCAAACCUCAGGAUUCCAUCUGUGUCUGUGCGGGAGGAGGAUGUGAACCAGGAUGGGAAGCUGGACCGCUUGAGUUUCCAACUGCAGCUUCCUCUGAAGGCCCAGGAGCAGGUCUACAGUGUCCAGCUCCUCCUCACCUUUUCCUACCAGCUGUUUAGGAUGUCUACGGUGGUGAUGCAGUCUCUUGCCUAUGUCCAGUACUCUUCCUCCGUCCCUGGCUCUCAGCUCUUCAUUAGUGGAGACCUGCGUCUGCAGCAGAAGACCCCCCUGCCCCACCGCGGACGCUAUACAGUGUACAAUGUGUCCGUAGUCGAUGGGUCCAGUCCCUUUGCAAGCACAUAUAAUCUGGUCAACAUUAUUGGCUCGUAUCAAGAAAGAAAUUUGACCACGGUCCUGUCUGUCCCUAGUCCAGUCUGGACCAUAGGACGAGCUGCAGGCGCUCCCUUUCACAUCAACGCUGAGAUCCGCUACCCUGUGGAGGUCAUCAGCUAUCGUCCCGGGUUCUGGGAGACCAUCAAGCUCGCCUGGAUCCAGUACGUCAGUGUGCUGCUUAUUUUCCUCUGGGUCUUCAGCCACGUCCAGACAUUUGUCUUCCAGAACCAGGUGCUUCCGACCGUGGUUGUCCCUCUCCUAAAGCCACACAACUCUUGAUCCUCCGAAUGGACUUUUAAAUUCUCUGAGACGGCCCGCCCAACCAUCUGCUCGGCCUGACAGUCACACAGACGUGGUACACACUCACAUGGUAAUUGUAAUGUUUCCUAUAAUCCUUUCUGUGUUUCUUUAAUAAAGCGUUGAGGCCAA